AUGGCUGCCUUCUCUCCGGACUACACACAAGACCUGUUCCUCUCUGGCCUCCCAGUGUUCUACCAAGAACAAACGAAGGGCUAUCUCUUGGGCCGAUCGACCAACUCACGCAGCAUCAUUUCCAUCCAAGACCUCUGCUUAUAUGUUGAGGAGUGGGAGACCACGAACAUCCGGCCGCACACCGUUGACAUUGUUACACCAGCCACUGUUGAUCACAUCAGUACACAAGUCGAAGCGCUCACUAAACGCAUGAAUGUCCUGUCCUCCAACAUUACAGCCCCACCCGCUCGCAAAUUCCAAUGCUACGUCUGUUGGUCAAGCCAACACCACUCGGACCGUUGUACCAAAGCUUCUGGCAAGCGUGGAGAUAAGACGCAUACAUCUCGCGAAUGUACCAAUACCGACAUGAACUGUACCAACUGCAACAGGUCCCAAGCACCACCUCGCACCCCCUCUCAUUUUAAACGAGUGGUCAAGAUUACAUGUAUACACAAACUGUCUCAGCAUCAAUUGAAUGAACCUCAACUAUUGAUGUUCAAUUCCCGCGCACGCCAAACGUUGACAAAUAUCGAGCUAGGAUCGUUCCCCCUCCAAAUGGCUGACGAAUCUACCAUCAUCAUCUUACCACAUUUUGGCAUGACAUGCAUCAACAACAACAUUUUCCAACAACUACUAUCCCAGAAUUUGUUACAUGACAAUGGCUUCCGCCUCGCCUACCCCGCGAACACCCACACAUGUGUAAUUACUGAAGGGUUGCACACAAUUACUAUCCCCGGCACACGUGGUGGCUACCAUAUCACUUUCGAUCAAUUAAAUUUAUUAUAUCCCAUAACGGCUAACACUGCCCAUAACGGCUAG